UCUAUUUUGAUUUAUUUUGCAGGUUUAAAGUCGACCAUCAUGAUGAUAACUUUGUUGGACCUUUUUAUUGCAAUAUUGUCACUGGCAAUUAGUUGUAAUGGAGAAAAUUGUCUAUCAGGAAGAUAUCACAAGUUAUCCUCUGGUCCUGAGCCAGGCAUGGAGGAAUGCAGGCGGUUUUCCCAUUCUUCCUGCUGUUUUUCUAACUACACUGAAGAGCUUGCUGUGUCCCCAAUGUCGAAGAUAGAUAAUACAUAUUGGGACCGAUGUGGCCAACUUAGUCCAAGGUGUGAAGAGUACGUGAAAAAAAUAGACUGUUUCUUCCAUUGCUCCCCCCUUGCUUUCAACUGGGCCAAUCCCAAUAACUCGUAUUCAAUUCAUAAUGUCCCAAUUUGCAACAGCUUUUGCAAUGAUUGGUUUGCAGCUUGUAUGAAUGAUCGGACAUGUGUGAGAAAUUGGAUUUCCGAUUGGGAAUGGGAUCAACAUGGAAAUAAUUGCAGAAAUGAAUGCAUUCCCUAUCAGCAGAUGUAUAGGAAUGGAAAGGACCUUUGUGAAAGCAUGUGGGGAAUGUCAUUUAAAGUACCCUCAUGCCCUUGCCAUUGUCUGAUGUUGGACGAUGAUGAUGGCAAUGUAGUCCAACAUCUACAGUCUCAUAAUAGUGGAACAUCAAACCCAGAGGAACCCUACUGUCAGCGGAGGAAGAAUCAACAACGUGAAGUCAAGUGAAAGAAACGAGCAACAACAAAUAAGCAUCGUAGAAUGGAAGACAUUUCUGCCAGUAAGCGACUUGAAGAAACAGGCAUAAUGCUUUGAAAAGACCUCAAUGUAAUAAUUUUUUUCUGUCAAAUAAAGGAAGUCAAGAUUAAUCUUUA